GAAGGAGAAGCUGUUUCGGGAGCGGAGAUAUCUUUAAACCACAUUAAAAGGCUGCUGAAGGCAUCUUUUUCACUCCGAUGUCAAGGCGCACUGACAGCAAUGCCCACGUAUCUGCUCAAUGAAGAACUGGUCGCCUUUGAAAGCGAACUAAGGUUUGAACGUAGAAUUGAACAAAAUGAACAAAAACUGAAAAAGUUCCUUCAGAUCGCAUCAAAAAUCCUGAAAUUUCCUGAGCCAUCAUACAUCGCUUUAGAAGCAUACCUGCGACCCAGGCUGGCAAAGCAUGCGCUCAUUACUGCGACACCGCCAAGUGAUCACAUAGGACCUUGCAUUGUCUGGGGAGAAAGGAGGCACCUCAUCUGCGGCUGUGGGCAUGAAAUCAUAGACAUCAGCCCUGACACAUCCCUAGAAUAG